AGCCGCGAGCGAGACGCGGGGGAGGGAGCGGCCGGAGCCCGAGCAGCAGCCGCCGGCGUCGGCGGGGAGCACCGAGCGCAGUCGGAGCCGCAGCCGCGAUGGCCGUGGCCGUGGGGAGACCGUCUAAUGAAGAGCUUCGAAACUUGUCCCUUUCUGGACAUGUUGGAUUUGACAGUCUCCCGGACCAGCUGGUCAAUAAGUCUACUUCUCAAGGAUUCUGUUUCAACAUCCUGUGUGUUGGUGAGACGGGCAUCGGCAAAUCCACGUUAAUGGACACUUUAUUCAACACCAAAUUUGAAAGUGACCCAGCUACGCACAACGAACCAGGUGUCCGGUUAAAAGCCAGAAGUUACGAGCUUCAGGAAAGCAACGUACGGCUGAAGUUAACCAUCGUGGACACCGUGGGAUUUGGAGACCAGAUAAAUAAAGACGACAGCUACAGGCCCAUCGUGGAGUACAUCGACGCGCAGUUCGAGGCGUAUCUGCAGGAGGAGCUGAAGAUCCGGCGCUCGCUGUUCAGCUACCACGACUCCAGGGUCCACGCCUGCCUCUACUUCAUCGCCCCCACCGGCCACUCCCUCAAGUCCCUGGACCUGGUCACCAUGAAGAAGCUGGACAGCAAGGUGAACAUCAUUCCCAUCAUUGCAAAAGCCGACACCAUCGCCAAGAACGAGCUGCACAAAUUCAAGAGUAAGAUCAUGAGUGAGCUCGUCAGCAACGGGGUCCAGAUAUACCAGUUCCCCACGGAUGAGGAGACGGUGGCAGAGAUCAACGCGACAAUGAGCGUCCAUCUCCCCUUCGCAGUGGUUGGCAGCACGGAAGAGGUGAAGAUCGGCAACAAGAUGGCCAAGGCCAGGCAGUACCCCUGGGGCGUGGUGCAGGUUGAGAACGAAAACCACUGUGACUUCGUGAAGCUGCGGGAGAUGCUGAUCCGCGUGAACAUGGAGGACCUGCGAGAGCAGACUCACACCCGCCAUUACGAGCUGUAUCGGCGCUGCAAGCUGGAGGAGAUGGGCUUCAAGGACACGGACCCUGACAGCAAGCCUUUCAGUCUUCAGGAGACCUACGAAGCGAAAAGGAACGAAUUUCUGGGAGAACUUCAGAAGAAAGAAGAAGAGAUGAGGCAGAUGUUUGUGAUGAGAGUGAAGGAGAAGGAGGCGGAACUUAAAGAGGCAGAGAAAGAGCUCCAUGAGAAGUUUGACCUCCUAAAGCGGACACACCAGGAAGAGAAGAAGAAGGUGGAGGACAAGAAGAAGGAGCUGGAGGAGGAGGUGAGCAACUUCCAGAAGAAGAAGGCGGCCGCCCAGCUCCUGCAGUCCCAGGCGCAGCAGUCUGGGGCCCAGCAAACCAAGAAGGACAAGGAUAAGAAAAACUGACCAUCUGCCUCUUGAGAGAGAGAAGUGGGCAUCCUUCCUUUAAAUUCAGGAACCACUGUUGUUUGAGUUCACUCUUUUUCUGUGACCUGCAUCCCUUAUAUAAGUUGUCUUCGGUUUGGGAUUCUGUUUUUGAAAAAAAAAUUUUCCAGUUAGUCAGUUCUGUUUUAUGUAUUGGUUAUUCAAACUGAGUUUGGUAUCAAAAUUAUGCCAGUUUUAAGUUCAAGGGGAAAUCUAAGUGAAGUUUAAGUCACAGAAUUCUGUUUAAGAAUCUCUGCUGAUCUCAGAUACAACCACGAAAACCCCUCGGGUGUCACUGGGGUUUUGACCUACAAGUCUUAAUCGUGUUUAAAAUGUGUCAGUUUAGGUCGAGGACUUUUCUGCCUCUAGGGCUCAAUUUAUACUUAAAGCCACGUUAAAUAACUUUCUGGCCCAUCCCUGCCUUUUUAUUUAUUGUGAAGCUGUGCUUUGCCUUGUUUCCAGACUGUUUGUAUGCUGGGCCGUGGGAACAAACCCCAGGGACGUAUGCAGCCCCUCCCCGGCUGUAGCAUCGUUACGAUGGUUCUGACCCCCCGUCUUCUCAGUUCCCCGGGUGGCUUUCUGUACCAUGUCUGUGGGAAAAAAAUAAAAAAAAAAUUCACUGGGAUUCACUUAAAACACACCCAGCGUAGGCACACACACUCCGGCAGUGGAGGCUGUGAUUCCUAAGGCUGACGCUUUUGUGAGGGGCUGGAGAUGAAGGGCCUUUGUCACUUUGUUAGCAGUCACCUCUUAGGGGCACUUUUCAUCAUCAAGGGACUUUCAAAUUCAGCUCUAUUUUAGAGCAUGAACGUGCCUUUUAAGUUACUUUAUAAUUUUAUUACUCGUCGAUAGUCUUCGCUUAUUUCCAUCAUUUUGCAGCCCCAGAUUAGGAAGGUCGUGUUUGGUAGAGAUCCCAGGAGUGUUCACUCUGCUCGAGACUGGGAGCGCGGGCUUCUGUCGGCAGGUGGGACGGAGCGACGGAGCACCGGUUCCCGCCUCCUCAGUCCCUUGCUUCUUGGAGAGGUCAUUUAGGGCAACUGGAUGCGCAUGCUGGCAAGAGGCCUUCUUAGAAAGAAACUAAUUAAAUGUAAUAAAGUCAGGUUCAUCUGAGCCAUUAAAUGCUCAAAAUAGAAGAGUCCAGAGCCACCACCCCCCCCCCCCCCCGCGCCCUGUUACAUUAUAAGCCAUAAAGGUGGUAGAAAUCUGCUGGUCUCAUCACCAGUGGCUUUGCGGUGGAUGGGUGGUACCAACUCUUUAACUGAUGCCAGAGCAUGACAUCUGCUUUUUAAGUCAAACACAACCUUCUGUGUGAAAACACUGUAAGCACUAAGUACAAUAAUUGGAUUGUUAGUAUUUUAUUUUUUUAUUUUUUAAAGAUUUUAUUUAUUUGACCGAGAGAUCACAAGUAGGCAGAGAGGCAGACAGAGAGGGGUGGAAGCAGGCUCCCCGCUGAGCAGAGAGCCCGAUGUGGGGCUCGAUCCCAGGACCCUGAGAUCACGACCUGAGCCGAAGGCAGAGGCUUUAACCCACUGAGCCACCCAGGCGCCCCAGAUUGUUAGUAUUUUAAUAUGAACUUAACCCCAUCACUCAUUUAAAAACAAAUUCUGCAUCAGGUUGUAAAGACAUCUUUUGAGCAGUAUUUAAAAAUCAAAUCAGGCACUUUUUUUUUUUAAAGUAGAGAAAUGUGUAGACUGUUGUUGCCGUUCCCUUUUAGUCUCCCGUUUGGGACAGGUUACUGUAAGCACGGUGGCCUCUGUUCAGCUCCCUAGGGAAGGCUGACCACGGACACCACUGGUCAAGUGCACUGUCCUCCCCGUUGAUUCGGCAUUUUACUUUGGGGAGUUCCUUUUCUCAAGUGUUGAUAAAGCUGCUAAGUUCUCCAGUUCUCGUCCCGGCUCACCAGUUAAGAGAUGUAAAGCCAUCCCAGGGCCGACCAUCACUACUAAUGAUCCGCUCAUCCCAAGCUGGGUUGUAGAAAAGCAAAGCAAGAACGGAGUCAUCUGGCCCGGUGUCCAUGGGUAGUGGGCUUUUUAGCUUGCAUUCAGUCUUUUAAUAGGUAUUACCUGACUUUCAGAUAUAGACUGCCUUAUCGCUUGUGACAGGUGUAGUCUACACCGCCUACUUGAGGUUGGCACAGCACGUGUAUGAAGAUCUUCUGCGUCAGUAUUUGCUGAGCUGGUGGGCAGAAAACAAUUAGGUCAUCUUCCAACAUGCUGGGCCAAACUCCCCCCACCCCCAAUCAACUGUAUCUAGAACAUGAAACUUGCCUCUUAGUUAAUGAUGGUUUUUGCCAAUUGGCCCAGCUUUUAAGUAAACAGUUCUGGAAUCUGAAAAAGUACGUAAUUCUCACUGUAUGGAAGUGAUGCUUCUACACAGAACCGUCCGCUUUGCAGAGGCCCGUCCUCUUCCCGCUCUGGAGACUGGCAGGGAUGUCAGUGUGGCUCACUUGAAGACCCUGUGCUUGAGGCUUUCGGAUCAGUUUCUAGCAAGUAGCUGAAACUCCCCUGGCUGGAGAAGCGAUUUAAUGUGUUAAUUUGAAAAGACUAACUGGGAGCCUAUGUAUCCAUUCACCUCCCUUCCCAGCCGUCCUGUGCUGGUAAGUAGCUGCACACAAAGAGAUCUUUCGGGGUCAGUGGAACACUGUAAGGCACAGAUCAUACACACGCGCGCGCGUGCACACGCACACACACACACAAAUGUAUGGGGAAGGGAGUGCAGAGUAACAUGCCAUGCCAGCUCUCUUUGCCCCUUAUUUCCGUCCAUCCAUGCACCUUCCCCACCCCCUUCUGUUCUCCCUUUCCAAAUACUUUGUUCCCCGUGCGGUCCCAGGCCUACACUGGAUGCUGGGGAUGUAGCCACACACCACGAAUCGCACUUGUGUCUGUAUUCCUCAUGUACGCAGCAGAUUUGGGGAGCCAAAGAAAAGGUAAGCCCUUUCUAUGCUAAAUUGCUAAAGACAGAUCGUAUUCUGAAAAGCAGAAGCCCUCUCCCACCUUGCCCAAAUUCCUUUUCCGUGGUUGCUUACGGUUGCCCUUCCUUCUAGAGUGUCCUCUCGCCUAACAAAAGCAGCAGUUUCAGGGAAAUGAGAAACCAGUUCACUGGGCCUCUGCUCUUCUACUACCCUACUGUUGUGUAACACACAUCAGUUCUACCAUUUGACACACUAGGAAGAUUGUAUCGUAUAGUCAAGAGAAAGGGGGAGGUUUCUACCAUUUUAUCUUAACUCAGAAGUUCCUGGGAACUAGAAAACGAGUCGUGAGCUUUCUCCAAAUUUCUCUGGUAAGACAUCCUUGGUUACCUCUUAUUAUGCCUUUUCAAUAAUCCAGAGAUGGCAAGAGGGAGGUCUCUGACCUCCCCAUAGGUCUGUGGCAUACCAGUGCAUCAUAAAAAUCACUAAACCCAUUAUGGUGAGUGAGAGCUGCUAGUUCCUUGACAAAACCUAUGCUAAGCCUGUCCUUUUAUCUGUUAAUGAAUUUGGUCAAAUCCAACUCAAACUGAAAGCAGCAAAGUUUGGGAACUUGGGGACAAAAUCUUCUCAGUUGCAUUUCUAGGUUAUUACGCAGGGCUAGACAACUCAGAAAAAUUAGUUUUGCAAAACCAGUUGUUUUUGUUCUUCAUAAGAGAACUGUCUGGACACAAUCCGCCCCAGACCACGGCAAGUCUUGCUCAUUUUCCGAGUCCCAGAUACACAGUCCCCCGUGCCUUAAAUGACGUGAACUUUAACUGCAAAUGAUGUUACUGUUUGGCAACAAGAGACAAGUGUUCAACUGCUCGUUCUCACACAGUAAGCCGAAGGAACUCAGUUUUUCCCAGAAACUUAAAAAAGAUGCUUUAUUUUCCGAGAAGCACCAUCUAGUGGCCAAAGCUCAAAGCAGUAAUACUGGGCAUAGAGGGGAGACCUUCUCCUCUUAACAGUUUAAAGGCGAAGUUCUAGAAUGCUGCAGGCUUCACAAGUGACAAUUUAGAAAACUUCAUGACAGCAAAUAUAAAGGGUAAAUUAGAGUUAGAAAUGGAGCCUUGUUAACCGUUCUUGGCCGUGCGGCACUGGACCUCUAACCCUCUGACCCUCAACUUGCUAAUGCAGACCCGGGACACAGUCUUUCAGGAUGGUUGUGAGAACAGGGGACACAGGAUCUUCCCUUUCCAGCUGAAAAAUGCACAAACCACCCUACAGAUGAAGAUGAGCUCGUCACCAUGUUCCCAAGAGUCAGCAGCUUAUGCACACGCUCAAGUGAAAGGCCACUGGGCUGCCCUGGGCAGCUUUGCUCAAACAUGACUGACUCCAGAAUGAGUAAAUUAAGCUUGAAAAUCCAGAUACGCAGAGUACGGAGGACACACACACACACACCACACACACGUUGUUUCUAACACAGGAGAGAAGAAAUGCUGCCACGUAGGGUGUAGACGCCAAUGUCUUCAUUCCCUCCACGGUGAAGCUUACUAGGCUGAGUCUCAGCUGGGCGGAGUGGAGAGCGAAGCUCUAGCUAACCUCAGGCCAAAGGCUGUGUCAGGAACAUUUCCAACAAAUCGUUUUUCUUUUUAAUGGGAUGUGGGAGCACCCUCCCUUCUCAAUCCUCCCCCCACCCCUCCUACCAAUAAAUCAUCUGUAGGAAAGAGACUGCGUUCUCCACCGGUAACUUUGCACCAGUCUUGUAAACUGAAUGAAGACUUACUGCUUCACUACGGUCUGACCUUCGAGAGUCAGAGGGCGCACUUUUUCUGUUAAAUGGAAGAUGAGAGAAUGAUUUACGCCCGAUCAUCAAGUUCAUUCCCUUGCCUUUGUGGAGGCUUCAUGGAGUGACGGGCCUUCGGAGCAUCAGGAGCCACCGGACAAUUACCCGUAGAGGUCAAGUUUCCAAAUCUUGGAACAGUCUGUGAGGUGAUGCCCAGACUGGCCUGCUCUCACCAACUGUUCCACCAGAUGAAAACGGACUAUGUGGAAGGUGAGAAAAGGACACAAAAGAAAAAUUCUUAGGUCAAAACCUACAUCCCCCAGUCAUUAAAUCCCCCUUUCACGUUUGAUUUUCUGUGAGCAUGUACUUGGGAUUUUUAUCAUUUCUGUAGUAGAAACAGCAGCGUCUAGCAGGAACUAGUACCACUUUGCAAGCAGAAAAAAGUGAAAGAUACAGAGGUUUCAGGACAACUUUUAUUGCUACCAGAGGCUUUUAUCAUCAGUACAUGGUUCUGACUGCAAUGCCUUCCUCAGCCUGCACAGGGAGCUCAGGGUCCAGAAGUCACUGAGAGAAAGACAGGUAGGGCGAAAACUCUGAUCAGGAAAAUACGAAUAGCUUAACAGAAACCCAGGGCACUGAAUUCAGUCAUUAUGUGUUACAGACCCCAACCCCAGAGCUGCUCCGGUAUCCAGACAGUCUCUCCUACUGAUUACAAAUGAGUGAAAACGGAUCAGUUAC